UAUGGUCUAGCAGUAAUUGGUAGUGGACUUGACUGAUGUCAUCAUCGUUAUUUCCUAAUAAAGUUUGUACUGUGGUGAAUGUUUAUUUAAUUAUAUAGUGCAGACAUUGGCAUAAGAUUCCAAUCUAUCUGUAAUCCCUAAUUAGUGAUUUGUACCCAAGUGCGCAGUUGUUCAAGGACAUGCGGUAUAAGAUUCGUCAAUGAACGUUCUGUUUAAGGUAUAGUGAGAUACUUUUAGCAGUACCAUGUCAGGUACGGAGCAAAAUAUAGUGAACUCUAUGCAACAAUUGUCUGUUCAGCCAAGUCAUAGUGGUCAUACCGAGAAACCCACGCAGGUGGUCACUCCCGCAGUGAACAGAAGUCAGCUUUCUUCAACACCGAAGGUUACGCCCGUAAAAGCGAACACUGUGUCGCCAGCUAUUGCUACAAUCGACAGACUCUUGAGUCUGGGAGGAAACACCCCCCCACCCCCACCAGUCCUCACCCGCACGUCAGACAUGGACCCCCACACGGUGGAACAGCUGCGGGCCGUCAAGGAACUGCUCACUGCUCAAGAGGAAGAAGCGCAGAACCUCAGAGAUCUCAAUCGGGAACUAAGAGACCGUCUCGAGGAGUGUGAGACCAAAGUCAAAAAGCUUUCAGAACAAAAUGAAGAAUAUGCCGAAAAGGAAAAGGCUCUCUCGCAGCGUGUUGCAGAAAAAGUAAAAAAUAACAAACAGAUGAGUGUAGUCAUGGAGGAAUAUGAAAGAACCAUCUCAUCACUCAUAGGGGAGCGAGAAGCUGAAGCCAAGAGAUGGGCGGAGGAACGAGUCACUCUAGUUCGGGAAAGAGAUGAAGCUGCAUCACAUUUGGCAUCCAUGGAACAUGCGUUCAACGAUGUUCACACAAAAUAUGAAAGAUGUAAAGUCAUCAUUCAAGGUUACAAAGGCAAUGAGGAGGCCCUAAAAAGGUCUGUAGAGGAGAACAAUGAUGCCAUACAGAAACUAGAAGCAAGGUAUGAGACUUUGCGUCAACAUGCCAUGCAGCAGUUAAACAAGGCUAAUGCUGAGCUAGAUUCGGUCAAAAAGGCUCACCAGGCCGAGAUACUGAAGCUGAAUGCCAUGUUGAAGAAGAGUGAAGUGCACGCAUCGUCUCUGCAGGAGUCCCUCACCCAGAAGAUCAAAGACAAUGAAGAAUUGACGGCCAUCUGCGAUGAGCUCAUCAACAAGGUCGGGUAACCGCUUAAUCUAAAUACUUACUAAUCUUAAGUAAGCCACAUUUUCAUUUCACUAACCUGCAUUUAAUAUUUGUGCAUUUUAAAUGAAUGCUUUAUGAAAUUAAUUGUAAUAAUUAAGUAAAUGCUUAACUAUAACUUUAAAGUGCGCCAGUACUGUUACCAUUUCUUCAUUGUGUGUAAAUUGUAAAUAAUUCUCUGCAAUUAAUUGAGGUAAUGUCCGUUUAUAUUUUUGUACAUUUUUUAUAAUUUUAUACUUAAGUUUUAAUCUGUUUUGACAUUGAAUAUAGAAUUCCUAAAUUCAUUUUAUUUUCGAAGGCUACUUUAUAAUUUUGUAAUUCAGUAUUGUGUUUGUAUUUCCUGUAAUUUAUUAACAUAAGUAAUGAAACUGGUAAUCUGAUGAGACUUAUUAUUUUAUGUACUGGUUAUUUUGAUAUAACUGCAGUUAUAAAAUAAUUUAUCCAAAGAUAAAAUAAAAGUGGUAAAGGUUUGAUUAAAAUCAAGAUUGAUUAUUUUGUAGAAGCAUUAAAUUUAUACCUGCCAUAUUUUGUUUGAAAGUUUGUAUUAGUAUUAUUUUAUAUAAUGAAGUAUACAUUAAUGUAUCAAUGAUAAUGAAUGAAAUUAAAUUAAACAUCGAAAAUGAACUCAAUUGGCUGUAUCAAACCAGAGCCAGAAAGAAGCCCUGCCAGCCUAGCCAAAGUGACAAUUGUUUAUCUGGUGAUCGGAACGUCGCUCAGUCGUGCCACCAAAGUAGAGUCAUAGAACUUAUGAAGUGGAAGUGUAAGUGAUAGUGACAUUUGGCUAGGCUAGGCACCCUGAAAGGUGGAUAGUUGCUUGUCUAGUCUACUCAUAGUUAAACAAUAGAAUAGCUUAUGUUUUUAACUUAAGCCUCAUUUUGCAUCAUAGAGAUCUUAAUUGGAGCCUCUUGUCUGAUUUGUGCUUAAUUGUGGAAUAAUUAAGUAAGACUUUAAUAUAUAAGUAUGUACUUUUUUGGUAAAGUAAUAGUAGAAUGUGCAAUACUCCUACAAGGAUAACUAAUGAGACAAUACAGAACUCAUUCAGAUUGUCAAAAGAGAUAACUAAGUGAGGCCUGUUUGCACGCUCAUAUUGGGCGGGGCGUGCGGCGUCAAUGUCAAACAAUA